GCUGCAGCGGUCGUGACUCGUGCGCCUGUCUGCGUGUGGCUGGAGCGGCACUGCAGAGGAUUUGCUGCGUGUUUUUUUCCAACAGCGCGCCGACACCCUUGGAGCAGUCAGUGUGGCAAAACGAAUUACAGCCGUUAUUACAGUUAAACCCAUCGGGACGUUAGCAACAACAACCCAUACGCAAGAAAUAUGAGUCACGAAUGAGGUCCACAGGAUGUCGUUCAAGAAGGAGACGCCCCUGGCUAAUGCUGUGUUUUGGGCAGCUCGAAAGGGGAACUUGGCCCUGCUUCAGUUACUGCUCAACAGUGGCCGUGUGGAUGCCGACUGCAGAGACAGUGUACGGACGCUGCAUGCCCUGGCGGCUCAGCUGCACGCUUUACCCAUAAACCACCUGUGGUAGGAGAGAAAGAGAGAGCUACAACUCUUCUCUGUUUUCGCACCACAGCCCUGAUGGUGGCGUCCUACAAUGGCCACAGUGACUGUGCCAGGGAGCUGAUCAUGCAGGGAGCUGACAUUAACCUGCAGAGAGAGACAGGCUCCACUGCCCUCUUCUUCGCUUCCCAGCAGGGACACAAUGAAGUAGUAAAGCUCCUCUUUGAAUUUGGUGCCUCAACUGAAUUCCAGACAAAGGACGGUGGCACAGCCCUCUCUGCAGCCUGUCAGUAUGGCCACUCUAAGGUGGUAGACACUCUUUUGAAGAAUGGAGCCAAUGUUCAUGACCAGCUGCAUGAUGGUGCCACCCCACUCUUCCUUGCUUCCCAGGAGGGUCAUGUGACUGUCAUACGUCAACUGCUGUCAUCUGGAGCCAAAGUUAACCACCCUAGGGAGGAUGGCACAGCCCCCCUGUGGAUGGCAGCCCAGAUGGGACACAGUGAAGUAGUGAAGGUUUUACUUCUGCGUGGGGCAGAUCGGGAUGCUGACAGAAAAGACGGGUCAACUGCAUUAUUCAAGGCAGCUUUCAAAGGACACAACAGUGUCAUUGAGGAGCUCCUCAAGUUUUCCCCUUCAAUGGGCCUUCUCAGGAAUGGUUCCACAGUCCUCCACGCUGCUGUCAUGGGUGGCAAUCAUAAAAGUGUAAACCUUCUGCUCGGGGCCAAUGCAGACCCCACACUACCCAACAAGAACAAUGAACUGCCAGCAGAUCUUACAAAGAGUGAUCGCAUCCUGAGUGCUCUGCGACCACAAAUCUUAAAUGGAAGUAGUUGAUGACAAUCCUAGUUCCCACCUUAGACCAUGGUUGUUUUAUGGAGAGAAAUGCACUGAGGGCUCCGAACAACAGAGAACAAACAAACAGGAUUCAGUCACACUACAAUACUUAUAUGGUGCUUGCUUUCAAUUGCAGCUUCAGAAAAUACAAUGCUAUUUGGAGUAAACGUAACUGGACAUAUCAAUAUGUAGCCUACUACCAAAAUGCAUCCGUUUGUGGCUAGAGUUAUUUUGCCAUGUAUAUCCUUUUGUUUGAGGUGUUGUUCUAACUUUGCUGUAUAGUUUUAGUUUCUAAAAUAUUGUAUCCUGGUGCUGUGAUAUUUCUAAAUAUUUUGCAUUUUUUUAUUUCUGCAAUUUUAGUAAAUGCAAUACUGUACAUUGGGUUAAAUAAAAUAUGAAUGUGGAAGAUAAAACAACAUUUCUCCUG